CAGCGCUCUCACCGCACCGGGCAGAAGAAGUUGCAUCUCUUGUGUCUUCACACAAAGCUGGAAAAUAAAAUUAUUUAAAAAAAUCUCACUUUUAUAUUUAAAAAAAUGUCGAUUUUUCGGAGAAGAAGAAAAUGGAGCUGGAUUCGGAUUUGGGUUUUAUUCGUGAUGGUGGCUGCGGUCUGUGCUCAAAGUGUGAAUGAUCCCAGUAACAUGUCCCUGGUGAAGGAGACUGUGGACAGACUGCUGAAGGGUUACGACAUUCGGCUCAGACCUGAUUUCGGAGGUCCUCCAGUAAGAGUGGGAAUGAACAUCGACAUCGCCAGCAUAGACAUGGUAUCAGAAGUCAACAUGGACUACACCCUCACCAUGUACUUCCAGCAGUCGUGGAGAGAUAAACGGCUCUCAUACUCGGAGAUCCCUCUGAACCUCACACUGGAUAACCGUGUGGCUGAUCAGCUCUGGGUCCCAGACACUUACUUCCUAAACGACAAGAAGUCCUUUGUUCAUGGAGUGACGGUGAAAAACAGGAUGAUACGCCUCCAUCCGGAUGGCACCGUGCUCUACGGACUGAGGAUAACUACAACAGCAGCCUGCAUGAUGGACUUGAGACGAUAUCCGCUGGACGAACAAAACUGUACUCUGGAAAUUGAGAGCUACGGCUACACGACGGACGACAUCGAGUUUUACUGGAGAGGUGAAGACGGCGCUGUGACAGGGGUGGAGCGAAUAGAGCUGCCUCAGUUCUCCAUCGUUGAGUACAAGCUCAUAGCCAAGAAGGUGGUUUUCUCUACAGGAGCUUAUCCUCGCCUGUCCCUCAGCUUCAAGCUGAAGAGAAACAUCGGCUACUUCAUCCUGCAGACCUAUAUGCCCUCUAUCCUGAUCACCAUCCUGUCCUGGGUCUCCUUCUGGAUCAACUACGAUGCCUCAGCUGCCCGAGUCGCUUUAGGUAUCACCACCGUCCUCACCAUGACGACCAUCAACACUCACCUGCGAGAGACGCUCCCUAAAAUCCCGUACGUCAAAGCCAUCGACAUGUACCUGAUGGGCUGCUUCGUCUUCGUCUUCCUCGCCCUGCUCGAGUACGCUCUUGUCAACUACAUCUUCUUUGGACAAGGACCUCAGAGGCAGAAGAAAGCAGCGGAGAAAGCGUCCAACGCCAACAACGAGAAAAUGAGGAUGGAUCCCAACAAGUGGUUGAUGGGAAAUGUAGUUCAGAGAAACGAUGCUCUGUAUGCCAGAAUGAAACCCAGGGAUAUUGACGCACAUGACUCGAUGUGGGAACCGAUCUUUGUGGACGAUGCUGCAAUAGGACUAGGGGAUCAGAAAAAUAAGAUGGACCCUCAUGAGAACAUCCUCCUCACACCUCUGGAGAUGAAGAAUGAGAUGUCUCCAUCUGAUUUAGCUCUGGGUCUCGGCGACCCACGCAACACCAUGCUAGCGUACGACAGCUCGGCGCUACAGUACCGGAAAGCGGGCCUGGCUCGGCAGAACUUCGGACGGAACGUGCUGGAACAUCACGUCACUCAGAAGAAAAGCCGACUGCGGAGACGCACCUCGCAGCUGAAGAUCACUAUCCCUGACUUGACUGACGUGAACUCCAUUGACAAGUGGUCGAGGAUGAUCUUCCCCACCGUCUUUUCCUUUUUCAACAUCAUCUACUGGCUCUACUACGUCAACUGAGAUCAACCUUUCAUUUUUUCUCCUUUAAAGUUUUUAUUUUGUUUCCUGAUGUUUAUUUUGGUAAUUCUGUGUUCCAGUACUGUUCAGAACACUCCCUGCUUUACAGAGGUGUGGAUGAAGGUGUAGCGAUUAGGGUGUAGGGACUAGGGUGUAGGGAUUAGGGUGUAGGGACUCGGGUAUAAGGAUAAGGGUGUAGGGACUAGGGUAUAAGGAUUAGGGUGUAGGGACUAGGGUAUAAGUAUUAGGGUAUAGGGACUCGGGUAUAAGGAUUAGGGUGUAGGGACUAGGGUAUAAGGAUUAGGGUGUAGGGAUUAGGGUGUAGGGACUAGGGUAUAAGGAUUAGGGUGUAGGGACUCGGGUAUAAGGAUUAGGGUGUAGGGAUUAGUGUGUAGGGACUAGGGUAUAAGGAUUAGGGUGUAGGGACUAGGGUAUAAGGAUUAGGGUGUAGGGACUAGGGUAUAAGGAUUAGGGUGUAGGGAUUAGGGUAUAAGGAUUAGGGUAUAAGGAUUAGGGUAUAGGGACAAGGGUAUAAGGAUUAGGGUGUUGGGACUAGGGUAUAAGGAUUAGGGUGUAGGGAUUAGGGUGUAGGGACUAGGGAAUAAGGAUUAGGGUGUAGGGACUCGGGUAUAAGGAUUAGGGUGUAGGGACUAGGGUAUAAGGAUUAGGGUGUAGAGACGAGCGAGGCACCAACAACAAUGUAGCUGAAGUUCACUAACUAGUUAAUAUCUAUCUUGCUAACUAGCUGUCAGAAUUAACAGGAGUUUGAAUUUGAAUGUAGCGAGAAUUUACUGUAUUUCUGUUUGUUUUUAAUUUGAUUUAUUUUUUGGCUAUGUUUCGACAUUAAGAGUUUUCGAACAAAACCUGACCAGGAAGUGUUAAUUACAGCAGUGUUAAUUACAGCAGUGUUAAUUACAGCAGUGUUAAUUACAGCAGUGGAACACAGAAGAAGAUUUCAGUACCUUAAAGUGUUAUGUUAGUUUGUCAUGAAUCAUUCCUUAACUGCUGGCUACAGGAACUGUUUACAUUUAUUUAUUUGUUUAUUUAUUUAUUUAUUUGUUUGUUUGUUUGUUUGUUUGUAAAUACACACUUAACGUCCUUCUGACGAGAACAAACUGCCAACCGGUGAAAUUGUUUUGUUAAGUUUUUUCUAAUUUUGAUUUGUUGUUAUUUUAGAACAAUAUAAAUGUUGUAUGUAAUUAAUUAAAUUAAUAAAUCUACCUUUUCUUUUUUGUUUUACAUGGUUAAUUUGGACAUUUUAGUAAUAUACAGUAUUUUGAGUCGCGAACUAAAACUCUGAAUAGAAUUAAACACAGCCAGCAGUUAAGGAGUCAGUGAGAAAAACAAAACGAAUAAAAGUUCUUGCUCUUUAUUUUGUAAAUAAAUGUUGUAUAGUAUUGUUACAGUAAGCAUUGUUAUUAUUAUUAUUAUUAUUAUUAUUAUUAUUAUUAUUAUUAUUAUCAUUAUUAAUCAUAUACGCGUGUGUUUUCAUAGGGAAUGAUGUGUUUCUUUAUAAAGACGUGAGCUCAACGCCUGAUUGGAUCAGAGACACUGCUGUGUGUUCAGUUUAUUUUAUCAGGAAACUUGAAUUUUCUCUUCUUCCCUUUUCUUCUGACUCAAGAGGAUGUAAAGAUCUUUCUGUUUAACCUUCAGACUAAAUGGCUGUAAAUGAUGAAGCACAAUACUGAGUGAGGAGAAGAGACGAGGUCAAUAACACUCUCUGUCAAGCUUUUAUUCCCGAACCCUUACAUAUGCACUUUCUGUGAUCGGCUUUGUUUUUUUUUAUUUAUUCUCGUAAAGCCUCAUAAGCAUUUAAUAACACUUCUCAUGAAUCUAUGGUGAAUUAUAAACGUUGUAUAAGCAGGAACACGUGAUGUUUCUAGAUCACUUCCUGUGUUUUUACACGUGUGUCAAAGUCAACACUUUCUGUUUCACUUCUUUUGUUUACUUUCAUCACCAGAUGCUGUUUCCACUGAUGCAUUUAACUCGCCGCCGUUACCACGGUAACAUUUAGUCUGAAGUUGUUUCUGCAGUUGCAUUUGAUACAGUUCCCGUGGUUACGUUUUCUCUGUAAUUGUUCUCAUUGUUACAGAUGGUCAUAACUUGUUACCAUGGUUACAUUCAGCCGGACAUACAGAGACAGGAAUCAUUUCACUGUCUAAACAUGUUUCCAUGGUUACUUUCAAUCAGAAGUCUUUGUUCUCGUUACAUUACUGAUUACUGAAGUUUCCAUGGAUACAUUUAGUCCUAAAUCUUAGACCUAAAUUAGUCGUUGCUAUGGUUACAUUCAGUCCAAAGUCCGUUCUAACAUUCAGUUUAGUCUGAAGUUGUUUCCAUGGUUACAUUCAGCCAGAAGUGCUUUCAGAACAUAUCAGCACAGGCUUCUAGUGGCCGUAGUCUGUGUAGUCGUAGUAAUUAAAGUCACUUAUCAUCAUCAUCAUCAUCAUCAUCAUCAUCAUCAUCAUCAUCAUGUGACCUGCACUGAUGACUUUAAAGCAUAUUUCAGUUAUAUAUUUAAUAUUUAUUAGCAAUUUGAAAAGUUUAGCCCUGUCAUAACCAGUACUUAGAAGACGCCAAGCUAGCUAGCUAACAUCCUGCCUGCUAAACGCUUCACUAGCCGCUGCUGUAUAAUUUAUUAUUUAUAAAUCAGAGCAAAACGAUUAAACAGGACGUCUGUGGCAGUGCAGAGCGUGUUGUCUGGGAGCGACACAAACCAGACGUCCGGAUCAUUUUGCCCUGGUUUCUUUAUUUCUACCGUGUUACUGUUUAUCAUUCAGAUGCUAUAUAAACCGUCAGUGCUCAUGUUUUUCUGUUGACUGUGUUAUUAGCCAGAGGACGAGAGCAAUCGGGGCUUCCUGAGAACGUCAGCAUUGUAAAUAUGACGUCACGCUAAAAGCCCAUUUCUGUAAAUACAACUUCAAUUUCUAAUGUUUUAUACUUUAUAGUAACGGCAUGGACUACAGCAAAAUGGACAAAUCAAUAAUGUAGAUAUUCUCCAAAACAACAACAA